CCCAUGGUCCUCUUCCUGAUUCCCACGAUGGGGGGGCUGGGGGGGGAGGGGCCUGGGGACAGAAAUGGCUCCCAAGUAAUACCAAUAUCAACAACAAUCCCUGAUAAUGGCCAUGGAAAUCCCACACCAACUUUACUGGCAGCACCUGUCACCUAUAUCCCACAUGCUGAAGGUGGUGUCCAUGCCCAGUGGACCCCACUGCCUUUUCAGGUUACUAAGGAAUUAUGUAGGGCACAGCAGGAGUUCACUCGGGAGAGCGAGUGUUUCCGGGGGAUGCUCAUGGCCACAUUAUCCACCGACCUCACCCCUGCGGAUCUCUGCCAACUCUUCUCCUGCCUGCUGACUCCUACGGAGUUCCUGCAGUGGGAGACAGAGUGGCGGAAGGAGGUCCGGGGCUCCCUGUUCCAUCUUUGGCAGAACCCGGCCACCACUAAGGAUGUAGGGAGAGGGAUGCUCUCAGUCGACCACCUCUGCGGUCAAUCAGAGUGGGCCGACAGAGCACGGCAGGCCACUGAAAUCCCCCGAGUGGCACUGCGAGAAUCGGUGAGAGCUGCCAAAAAGUUAUUUUUUAAUUUGAAACCAAAGGGACAGAUACUAAAUUACCUGAAAAUCAUGCAGUGCCCCAGUGAACCUUUUAUAGAUUAUGUUAAGAGGCUCCGCAGGUCAGUUGAGCUGCAAAUUAAGGACGAGAAAGCGAGACAAGAGGUGCUGAGAGAGAUCGCAGCGGUCAAUGCCAACUCACAAUGUAAAGCAGUGAUACUGAGCCUCCCGAUGGAGCCCAAGCCGACAAUCCAGGACAUGUUAGAAGUCUGCGAGAAAAAGGUAGACCUUGCAGCGGUAGAGGAGUCAUCCACAGGGGGACCUGCGCCAAAACCAGGAACAACUAAAUGAGCCUAUGCUGCCGACGCCAGGAUGCCUCCACCACAUCCUCGUCUUGCACCGCCACCACGUAACCAAUGACCAUCAGCGGACCGAUGCUAUUUGUGUGGGACCCCAGGACAUUGGGUGGGAAAUUGCCCACUCAAGAACAAAUUCCACCAAUUUAAAAAGGAGCAGGACAGGGCCCAGGGACCUUCAAAAAACUAACUUACAAGCGCAGCCCCUCCCUGCGCUCAGACAUAAAUUCAGUGGGCCACGGAACAUCUCAGGGAGGGGGCGUUGGACAGACGCCCAGAUUGGACUGGCAAAAUACCGGACUUGACACUUUUCCAUCUAAUACGAUGUGCACUCAUUAUGAACAAAUACACCACAGGCCCAUCUUAACCACCUUGUCAAAUUUUUCCCCUUUCAGGCUCCAGCUGACGGAACCCCUCCAUCUUUGGGACACGGACCAUCAUUUUAUUUCCAUCACCCCAGAGGGUUCAGGUACCUGGAGUCAGCUGUGAUGUAAGUACAUCGUCGUUGGGGACACCAAGUUCACACCCCAGGAUAUCACGGUAUUGCCCAGGUUAGUAACCUCAGACCCAGGGCGAUUCAUGCUUCUCCUGUAUUGCGUUCGCCCGCCGGUGUUUCUCCCUAAGGGUCAAAUAGUUGCCCAAGCCAUCCCAGUCCCUGAGCCACCUUGGGACCAGGAGCAGGUGGCUGACCUUCGCCAAAAGCUUGUACCAGCUAUUUACUGGGCACAGGCCCUUGGGGAGAACAAGCCCAAAAUAAUGUGUGGCCUUCUUCUUCGCGGGGAACGAAAAACAAUGCAGGGGCUCCUGGACACAGGGGCAGAUGUAACGAUCAUUGCCAUUCAGGAAUGGCCGUCACAUUGGGAGCUGCAAAGCGUGGCUGGUCGCGUACAAGGUAUAGGGGGAAUUCAAUUGGCAAAACAAUCAAGGAACCUUGUACAAAUUGAGGGGCCGGAUGGGCAACUGGCCUUUAUAUGGCCAUUCGUUUUGGACUUUACGGAACCCCUGUGGGGGAGAGACCUGAUGGCUCAGUGGGGGGCAAAAAUUGACAUUCCAAAGCCCCCCCAGCUUUUUCGGGCAACGGUCACUGAGAAGCGCUCCACCCAGAAACUGAAUUGGCUGACUGACAAACCAGUUUGUGUGGAACAGUGGCCGCUCAGCAAACAAAAAUUAGAGGCGCUUGAGGGGCUCGUGAAGGAGCAACUUGCUAAAGGGAACAUCGUGGAGACCACGUCCCCAUGGAACUCCGCUGUGUUUGUAAUAAAAAAAACCCAACAAAGACAAAUGGCACCUCCUUCAUGACCUCCGCAAAAUAAAUAAAGUAAUUGAAGAUAUGGGUCUCUCCAGCCAGGGAUGCCGUCCCCUACCAUGCUCCCCUGAAAUUGGAAUCUGGCUGUAAUUGACAUUAAAGAUUGCUUUUUUCAAAUUCCAUUACACCGUGACGACGCCCCACGGUUUGCCUUCUCGGUUCCAACCAUCAACCGAGAAGCCCCAAGGAAAAGGUACCACUGGAGGGUUUUGACCCAGGGCAUGAAAAAACAGCCCAGUUAUUUGCCAGUGGUACGUCUCUUCCUUGCUGUCCCCCGUCCGUGUAGCUGUAGGAGAUGCCAUCAUCCUGCACUACAUGGACAAUAUUUUGGUGUGCGUCCCCAUCGAUGAUCUGCUUGCCUAUGCACUUGAACUGACAACAGAUGCGUUGGUUGCUGCAGGGUUCGAGCUCCAGGCCGAGAAGAUUCAAAGGAUGCCAUCUUGGAAAUACUUGGGGCUGCAGAUGACAUUGAGGACCAUUGUUCCUCAGAAAUUGGAAAUUCAAAAUUCCGUCCGGACCUUAGCGGAUCUCCAACAACUGUGUGGGUCUUUGAACUGGCCUCAACUCGAGACCCAAAAUACAUGAACCCCACACAUCUAGUCAUCUUACUGUGCCUCGCCGUCCCCAGCUGCUCCUGGAUCGUUCCCCAGCCAACAAAAAACGUAUGGAAGAGGCUGGCGCAAGCCCUGGGAAAAGACCACAUCUGUCUGUCCACCUCCUCUGCUGCCAACCCCUUCCUCUCCUGCCUUGUGGGGAUCCCAUAUAAGCUGGAUGAGUUUCCUUUUACGUUUCCCAAACCCACUACUUCUCCCGUCAGGAGAGCCCGCUCCUUCACCGUUCGCCAGCUGGAUGCAUGGAGGAAUUGGGUCAAACUGUUUCCCCCCAUGGAUAAGGAACCCCAAGAGCUUGAUUUACUAGGUUCCUCCCCUGCGUCCACCUGUGUUCACUUUGCUGUUACCCCCGAUCCUCAGGCCCAGCCAAACAUUGAAAUCAAACAGUACAUUCCAGAAUAUACCACAAAGGAAUGGUGCUGGCAGGUCAUCCAAAUCCCCAUGUUUUCCACCCCUGAUAAUAAACCUCACUCCCUACCCAAAGGCACCUUCCUAAUUUGCGGCACCUGGGCCUGGGCUGGAAUUUCCCCCCCACACCUUAUCGGAGGCCCUUGUACUUUUGGCCAGUUGUGCCUGUUCACACUGUACCAAACCCAAAUUUCCCAUUCGAAGAAGCUAAACGAAACUUACCAAUUGGCAAUGUUUAAAAGAGAUACUGAACUCACCAAUCUGGAUAAAAAUUGCAAUUCUGAAAUUAUUCAUUGGUCUAAACCAAAAGGUGUUGCUACCAUUACUUUUUUAUCUUGGGUGGCAAUAGCCCAUGCCUUCAGGGAAUUGGCUGACCUGGAGUGCUGGGUGGCGAAGCAGGCAAAUGUUACAUCAACUGUGCUUGCUGGCCUCCUAUCAGAUGAGGAAGUAACAAGGCAGGCAACCCUACAGAAUCGGGCAGCAAUUGUCUUUCUUCUUUUACUUCACGAUCAUUCAUGCGAGGAGUUCGAGGGCUUGUGCUGCAUGAAUUUAACAUCCAAGGCUGGGGAUGUCCACAAAGCCAUUGAUUCAAUGAGGAGCAUGAUUAAGGACAUAAAAAAAAAACCUGGGGACUGGCUGAGUGACCUUUUUGGAAAUUGGGGUGUCUCAGGUUGGGCAACUUCCAUCAUUCGUUCUGGUUUGUUAAUUUUGUUUGUUCUUAUCCUAUCACUUAUUAUUUUUGGAAUUCUGAGAUGAAUGGUGUCCAGCCUCAUCAACAAAGCAUUGGCCAUCCACACUGCGAACCCAGCUGCCUUCCUGUCUGCCCUGGAGUCCACCUCCAAGCCUGAGACAGAAAACGGACACUGGACAGAGAUGGCACCCACCUACCAGCCGGGGUUCGCUGACACCUACCCGGACUCGGAAUUCCUCCCCUGGACUGAAUCCAAUUCAUUUUGAAAGACCUUUUCAUCAGAUUUUUGGUUUUUGUUUAAAAUUUUAAAAAGGGGCAGUUUUUGGAGUGUGUUUUAAGUUUCCCCCCAGCUAUGGUUGCUCCC